UCUCACUAAAAAAUCAUACGUUUUUAGCAUUACUAUUAUAUUUUGUGAUCGUUUUUUAACCGAAAAUGAAGUGUAUGUUUGUGGUAAUUCUUCUGGUGGCCACUGUGAGUGCCAAGGCCUUCCGGGAACGCCGUACAGCGGACGUUGGAGCCAGCGGAGGAGCGAGUGCGGGAGCCGGUGCCAGCGCAGGCGGUUCCCUGCCGGGUCUGCCUUCUCUUCCCAACCUGCCCACCGGUGGCGGUGCUCUGACCGGCGGCUCGGCUAGUUGUACGGCCGAUCAGAAGGCAGCAUGCGGUAUGGCGCAGUGCCAGAACAAUGGUAACAGUAACACCCAGGUGAUUGGUGGCGGUAACAGCGGUGGUGGUGGCCUGAUCAGUGGAGUGCCCAUAAACGCUCUGAACGGUGCUGGUGUCCAAGUGCCCAUUAAUGCCAACAUCUGCCCGCCGGUCUCCGUCUGCAACCUCUGCUUGGCCGGAAAUGUUCUCGGGUAGAGCGACAAAGAAAUGCACCACUUUCAGAUGUUUCCGGACUGUGAUGUAUUAAGUACAUUAUACUUAUUCAUACUACGAGACUUUGUUACUGUUUGUGAACCGUCUCGCUGACACGAGUUCGGCUCUGCCCAGUUGCUGCCAUCUUUGUUGGUUAGCUUUAUGUCAGCUGUUUUUGAUUAUAUAUA